GUUCACCAAUAUUCGAUCCACCUAAGCUUAUGAUUAACCUCUACAACACUCCCACCGCCACCCCUCACGCAACCCCAACCCCACCUCACCUCUUAUAUAUAUACAACUCUUACCCUCAUCAUCACUCACAUAUCAAAAUCCAAAACCAACAAUGGCACUUGAAGCACUCAACACCACCACACCGCCACCGGUUCAAGACUCUUGGAACAAAGGAAAACGCUCCAAGCGCCCACGCACCAUGGAGACCGAAGAAGAAUACUUAGCUCUAUGCUUGAUGUUACUUGCACGUGGCAACCCUUCCGCCACCGUCUCACCACCGCAUCAUGCCUACACCUGCACCGUAUGCAACAAGACCUUCCCUUCUUAUCAAGCACUUGGUGGCCACAAAGCCAGUCACCGGAAAAACAUUCCCGACGACCACCCGUCAACCUCCACUACCACUUCUGUUUUGAAGCCUAGUGGAAAAUCCCACGAGUGUUCUAUUUGUCACCGAUGUUUUCCCACCGGCCAGGCACUCGGUGGUCAUAAGCGACGUCACUACGACGGCGGCAGCAGCAGCGGUGUUACAACCUCCGACGGAGCUGCUUCUAGUCAACCGCGUGAUUUUGACUUGAACUUUCCGGCUUUACCUGACUUCCAUAUGGGAUUGAGCAUCGACUGUGGGAAGAAAAGUCAACUGUUGGUUCAUGAACAAGAGGUUGAAAGUCCACUUCCGAUGAAGAAACCGCGUUUGUCGUUGGAUUAACUCAAGAUGACAUCAUUAUUAUCUCAUUUGUUUUUUUUUUUUAUAAUUAUACUUUGAAAAGAUUAGAAUAGAAUAUUGGAUGGAUGUACAUAGAAUAGAACUAGAAGAUAGAAUUCUUUAUGUUGCUAGGAUAUACAAUUCAUUUGAUUCGUUAUGGGAAUUUGUUUUGUGUUAUGUUAAAAUGAAUAAGGUUUGAUAUGUUAUAUGAUUAAAA